UGCUCAGUGGGAUUGCUGUUUCCCAAUAUCGAUCAACUUUAUGGGCAUGGACUCCACAUAAGUUAACGUCCCAUUCGACAGUUUUGACAGUCUCAAUAACCAAUAACAACAUGCUCUUCUCUCCACCUCUGUGUUUAACAGAAACUGGACACAUAGACCCAGUCUUCGAGCGGUACAACACCCCGGGUUUCGUCGGGUGUCUCUCGAGGGUUCAGUUUAACGGCGUCGCGCCGCUGAAGUCUGCUCUGAGAACCGUCUCACAGCCCACAGCCGGUCAGACAGACAGGCCGCCUGCAGCCGCCUCACACGUCUCCUACCAGGGGAAACUGCUGGAGUCCAACUGUGGGUCGUCUCCUCUCACCAUCCCACCAAUGUCUGCCGCCACUGACCCCUGGCAUCUGGACAACACAGAUGCAGAGUUCCCCUUCAACGAGGAGAGAGUGAUUCCUGAUGGAGUCAACCGAGACUCGGCCAUCAUCGGAGGUAAAGAAAGUCACUUUUAAAAGCUUUGUCAGAUC